CUUGCAUCUAAACGAGUGUUGUGCAACAUUUUCCAAAGAACGAGCUGAUGAUUUGAAUAUUUCCCGAUCAAAGUGAACACUACUCCUCUUGUUGAACUAUCAUGCAAUGUGACCUGUACGGGAUACGGCUGGAGCAGCGGAGGAAAUUCGCAGCUACCAUGACUUCUUCAGACAGCGAGCUGAACGAUCUAUCUACAGAGCUGAAACAUGCUUCCCUCAAAAUGCAGCAACUUCUGGAGAGGAAGAAAAUUCUGUGUAUAUUCAAAGAGCUUAGGAAUCGUGCGGAGUUUGGACAAACAGAGGAAGCAUUUUCAAAUCAGAGAGAGAUCGAUAGCAUUGAUGUCAGCCUGAAACAGCUGAGCGACAAGAAGGCUGAGCUCCAAACAACCUAUGAUAACAUCCUCAGUGCCAAAGAGAUGACAAGCAAGAAAAAGGUGAGUUUCAGCUCUGAUCAGAAGAUUGAGCCUAUUGUUGAUGUUUGUGGGUCCGAUGUUUUCUAUGUUGAAGCUCCACCCACCUUUGCUGCCCCUACAGUGAUUCUGGACCUGGAAAACCUUCCACCACAUCCAUGCAGGACGCAGUGCCCAGAGUGCCGGCAGUUCAUCAUGACAGAAACUUUCAGCUCUGUGAGCAGCCUGACCUGGUUGACGUGUUUAUUGACAGCUUUUAUGGGCUGCAUUGCUGGUUGUUGCCUCAUUCCCUUCUGCACAGACAGCUUCAAGUCCACCACACACAGGUGUCCAAACUGCCGCACGUCGAUAAAAACGCUUAAAAAGCUCUGAGAGAAAAGCAGGUGGGGAAAUAUUGAAGCUCAGACUGAGGAGACGUUGGACUUCCAGUUCCUGGUGAUGUAGUCGUUGAGCACUAUGAGACUCUUGCAGAGUUCAUCUGUUAAUAUGCAGCAUGUGCUGAAUAUCAGUUGCUGAGCAGGGGCGGAUCCAGAAUAAUUUUAGUGGGGGGGCACAGGGAGGAUACAACAGAUAUUUUGGGGUGGGGAGGGGCACCGAAAAGUUGUAAGAAAAAAUGAAAGCUGCUACUGACCUCUCGCUUUUACAAACUAUUUUCCAUAGGUUUCUUUUUUUUUUUUUUUUUUUGGCUCUUUAACCCAACAGGAAAGCUGUAUAUGACCUUUUCAUUUUGGACUGUUAACAUUCAAAUGAUGAUGGACUUGUUUCCUUGUUUAUGUGAAUUACAGCAUCUUCAGCGGCAGCAUCUGCCUGUUAUGUAAAACUAGUAAGCUCAAUGACAGUAUCCUGAGGGCAAUUAAGUGACAAAUAUUGUGCAAGAACAGCACUGUUACGGCCACCAGUAUUGGUGUGCCGUCUUGUUUUGAGGUGGUGUUUUGUAGGGCCUUUGUUUGGGAGUAAUUUGUGUGUGGGUUCAGCUGGGGCUUUUUUGCAGAGCCUUUGGAACCCCAGCUGCCAGCCGUUUCAGCUGAUGACGACCUGCACUCCAGUCUGGUUCUCCCCGCCCUCCGGCCGUCCUGAUUGGGCCACCCUCCAGCUCCUCCUCCUUCGACCAACCAGAGGCACCCAGGCACCACACCUGGCACCAGCCUGGUACUUUGACCAGUCCACCCUGGUGCCUCUUUACAUUGUGGCUCUGUAUUGUGGUUCUGUGUGGUCUUUCGGUCUGGAAGCACUUGUGGUGGGUGCUACAGACAACUUCGACCUUCUGUUGGCUUUAGUUUAGUGUGGAGCCCUACAUCUCAGUGGAGAUUGAGGCUCCAAUUCGUAGUUUGCCAACUGUGUGUAGAAGGCACUUUGUAUUUUGAGCUUUUGUGAACUGUGCUCAGUAUGUACACUUAUUUAGAGGCACCAGUUUUGUUUAGUUCGUUUUGUACACCAUUUUGUAUUAGUUUUUGUAACUGGUGGUGGGUGUUGCUUCUGUAGUUCGGUUUGGCUAGGGAGUUUAGUUGUUUUCUUUGUGUUUAGCUUAGUUACAAACUCUGUUAGCCUUCGUUAUGUUUUAUUCCGUUCUUUGUUUUAGCAACACCCACCAGUCUUGUGUUUUAUUGUUACUUUUUGUUCCUUUUACUACUAAGCAAUAAAUCCCUUAACCUAAA